AUGAUUCGCAAAAUGGACGCUACUGAAGACCGAAAUGGGACUGUCGGCUUGUGCAAAUACAUCCUCUACACACCAUCAUUCAAGCCAGACUCCACAGAACAAAACUUCAUGCAUACCAAACUCGUCGGUAAGGCAGUCCGUGUCUCCAGUAUAGCAGGCGGCUCAAAAGGAUUCGUAGCUUGGCCUCACCGAAAACCGCAGGAGAGUGGUUGCCGUGGACUUUUGUCUGUUGAACUGUUCGAAGAAAAGUUCGGCUCACCGUCCUACGACCCCGACGACUCUGUGCCGAGCCUUCGUCUGUCCCGUCGU